GUCGCUGCCGCUGCUGCAGAGGCUCCGGCCGCGGCAGAGGGUCCCGCCGCCCCUCGCCAUCCUCGCCAUGCUGCCGGCGCUCCUCCGCCCGGGACAGCGGCUGCUGUCCUUCCCGCCGCUGCGCCCGCCCGCCCCGCGGGGAGCCGCGGCCGCCGGGGAUCCCGCCCGGAGCCCGGGCACCGCCCGCGCUGAGCAGGCUCACAGGGUGGUUGCAAGUUACAAACCUUCGAAGUUUGACAAAAAAAUCCUUCUGUGGACUGGACGUUUCAAGACAGAAGAAGAGAUUCCUCUGAGGAUCCCGCCAGAGAUGCUAGACAAGGCAAGAAACAAAGCUCGAGUGAAAGCCUGUUACAUCAUGAUUGGGCUCUCGAUUAUUGCCUGUUUUGCAGUGAUUGCUUCAGCUAAGAAGGCUGCUGCACGCCACGAGUCCUUAACAAGCUUAAACUUGGCAAAGAAGGCCAAGUGGCGGGAGGAGGCUGCGCUGGCCGCGGAGGCGAAGACAAAAUAACUUCAUCUGAGAUGCUGAAUGUCCUCGGAAGAGCAAAAUUAGCUGCUGCUGAGAGCAAUUAGUGAGUUUCACCCCUAAAUGGACAACUGUAGCCAGUGAGGGUAGCUACAGCAUCACAAAAAGAAAGGGAAAAUCUUUUUCAUUAGGAAUAUAUUCAGAAUACUUGUUGCAUAUAAUUAAAACUAUUUAGAAUGUUUUGCAUAUGAUUAAAAGCAGUAAUUAGUUUUAAAGGAGAUGAGGCAAUUUCCUAAGAAUGCCAAUUACCUUUGGUUAGAUAACUACAAAAUAUUUAAACCCAAUAAGUUUUCUGUUUGUUGAUAGUGCAUAGCUUUUCAGUGCACAAAUUGCCACUUGGAACUCAUUGGCAUCAAUGCUGUAUUCAAAAUGGUACUUGCAUUUUUCAGUUUUAAGAAGCAACACUUAUUGAAUCACUAAAUAAGUACAGUAAACAUCUGUAAAAUAGGUUUUAUUGGUUUCUGUAUGGUAUUUGGAGAUUUAACAUUCCAUAAUAUUGCAUACUACUUAUAUGUGUUCUCUUACAGUAAUGGGCCUUUGGCCUGGAUUUAAAGAUGCACUAUUACUAUCUGAAGUUAAUACAGGUAAUUUAGUUUCCACGCUUUAUAUGAAGACAUAAGUAAUUAUCAUUUCUCAUUCCAGAUUUCAGUGAAAUCCUGAGGUCACAGUUUAAGUCCAUGUAUCAAUUUGCAAACCUAUUACAAAAUCCUCAGUCGUACAAUUUAAUAAAUUUAAACCAACUGAGAAUUAACCAUGGAGGAAAGACAAUAGUGCAUCUUUACUAUGUUUUUAAAGACAGGCCCAACAAUAAAUAGUUUCCAGUUGCAAACUUGUUCUAGAGCAAACAUUUCUGUGCCAACAUUAUUACUAUUUUCUGAUUGCUGCUAGCAACAGAGUGUAAAGCAAAUACUAGAAAAUUAAAAAGCUAUAUGAACCAGUCCUCAGACAAAAGUGCAAUGACAAAAAAUUAGAUAUGAUUCAGUGUAACAGGAGUAGGGAACUAAUAAAAAAAUCUUAAACUCUGCAUAGUUGCAUAGAUUAGCUAGUUAGUAUUCACAUUUAAGCAGAACAAAUGGUACCCUUUUAAUUAAACUCAAACUCCUGUAUUUUUAAACAGACUUUGUAACUGAUGGGGCACUUCAUAUUGCAUAUAAAAUGCCAAACUUAGAGAUUUUCAUAUCACAGUUUUAUUUUGUUUCUCUCUCCAAACUGGUUUCAUCUGUUUAGGUAACAUCAUCAUUAUUGUGCCCCUACCUGCAAAUGAGUACAUCAGAACUGACCUUAAGUCAUAAUCUCUGGUUUUAUUUUGUUCAUUUAUGUGCUUUUAACAAAGCAUGAUAUAAAUCCAGUGAUAAAAUAGGAGAGACCAUCCUGUAUGUAUGUCCUUUAAAGAAUUUUCAUUAUUAUGUCUUAACAAUAUCAGGGUAAACCAAAUGUUGAGUUUAAAUAAGGAUUUUUAUUAUCCUAAUCCAUCAAUUUUAGUUCCCUUUCAAACUGUUCCAUUUAAAUGUAUCAGAGGCAUGAAAUAUAGUUUGUCUAAAUGUGUAAAGUGCAGUCACUAACCAUCCACAAGAUAAAAUAAUAUAUCCACACAACUGAAGACAUUCUUUCAAAACAAAUAUAAUACUUUAAAUGUCCCCUCUUUUCUUAAUUUUCAAGUCUUUCAAUUAAGAUUUUCAUAGUUCAGAUUUGGUUUAAAUAAGAGAGGCUUAUAAAUAUAGUUUUACAGGGUUCUCCAAAUAAAAAGCAGGCACAGCUGGUUGUUAUCAAAACAAGGUUGUUAGAAACAAAGGAAUACCCUGUUACCUGAAUAAUUUUCUCACACUAGAACACUGAAAUUCAGCAUUUCCUAGCAAUCUUGGUAGAUUUCCAUGAUUGUUACCCUGUUCUUUGAUAGAUGGGGAGUGGGGAAGCCACAGGAAAGAAUGAAGGUUGGUUGUAUGAAAACCUAAAACUAUGAGAGUAGAAAGGGCGUAAGUACAAUCACCUAACAUUAUAUGAAAAUUUGGCAGCUGUACUCAAUAUUAUCACACUAUUCAAAACUGUUGUAUGCUGUACAAAUCUAGGUUUAAAGUGUCAUUUGCUAAAAUAUUUCAUUGUAUUCAGAGCUAAUAAAGUAACAGCACUCCUAUAUACACUUCUUACACUUCUAUCUUCCACUAAAAAGACUUCAAAGGGAGGUUGCUUCCCUCCCAGUAAUACCUUAGUCAAAACUGACCAUAAAUUUUAGAAAAUCCACUUCAAGUCCCACAUUCAAUUACAAUAUAGAAUAUAUUGCUGUAACAUCAAAGUGAAACAUCUUAAAAUCUUAACUUGCACGUAAAAAAAAUUCUAAAUAUAAAAUGGUACUGUAAAUGAUACCACCUUUAACCUGUAUUUUUCAGUGCAUUAAAAUAUUAUUUAGUGACAAGCAUAGUGCCUUGGGUAAGUGACUUGAAGUUUGAAUUGCAGCUUUUUAUGAAGCAUGAAAUGCUCUCAUAUGUCACAGAUUUCACUUAACCCAGGAGUUUGAUGUUAAUACAUUAAUUACAGGUAAUAAAAAAUAGCAAUACUUCAGAGUUAACCCAAAGUAUUAAUUUCUCCAAAUGAGAUAUAUUAAUACACCAGAAACACUACUUAUAUGCAAGUCAAAGCAGAGAAUACAUUUUUCUGUACUCAAAACUGUUAACAUAAAUAUUAGAAUUCUAUUUCUUUUAGUGUUUAACAGCAAACACUGUAUAUUGUAGAGCCUAAAUAUUUAGAUGACAAUAACUUCUAGUUAGUUUUGGUGUCCACAUACUUAAUGCUAUUUACAGUACAACAAACUUUUCCUUCAACUGGAGUGAUUCACUAUUCAUUUUUCACUGCAGUAUUUCUAUUAUCUUACCAAAAGCAAACCAAAUUCAUUAACCUAAGGAACAAUUCAAGUGGCAAUAGCAUACUUGGUCAAAAAACAACACCUACUGUCUAAACUUUUAAGAAGCUAUUGUACUAAAAGGCAAACAUUGCAAUGUUUCUCAAACUAAAGUGGUGUUACCACAUCUGGACAGAAGACAA